UGUAUGAUUGAAAUCACACCACUACAACCUCAUCAAAAUCUCAUAAACAAAACAUGGGUUCAACAGUUGAGACACAAAUAACACCAACUAAUGUAUCCGAUGAAGAGGCAGCACUAUUUGCUAUGCAACUAGCAAGUGCUUCUGUUCUACCAAUGGUUCUAAAAUCAGCACUUGAACUUGAUCUCUUAGAAAUCAUUGCCAAAGCUGGUCCUGCUGCUCAUCUUUCACCCUAUGAGAUUGCUUCUCAACUACCAACAAAUAAUCCUGAUGCACCUGUUAUGUUGGAUCGUAUUUUGCGUUUAUUGGCUUGUUACAAUAUCCUUACUUGUUCUUUAACUACUCUUCAUGAUGGAAAGGUUCAAAGACUCUAUGGUCUUGCUACUGUUGCUAAAUAUUUGGUUAAGAAUGAAGAUGGUGUUUCUAUUUCUGCUCUUAACCUCAUGAAUCAAGAUAAAAUCCUCAUGGAAAGCUGGUACCACUUGAAAGAUGCAGUCCUUGAAGGGGGAAUUCCAUUCAACAAAGCUUAUGGAAUGACAGCCUUUGAAUAUCAUGGGACAGAUCCAAGGUUUAACAAGGUUUUCAACAAAGGGAUGUCUGAUCACUCUACUAUCACAAUGAAGAAAAUUCUUGAGAUCUACACAGGUUUUGAGGGCCUUAAAUCUCUAGUUGAUGUAGGUGGUGGUACUGGAGCUGUAAUAAACACCAUUGUCUCAAAGUAUCCUACUAUUAAGGGCAUUAAUUUUGAUUUGCCCCAUGUAAUUGAGGAUGCUCCAUCUUAUCAAGGAGUGGAACAUGUUGGUGGAGACAUGUUUGCAAGCAUUCCAAAGGCUGAUGCUGUUUUCAUGAAGUGGAUUUGUCAUGACUGGAGUGAUGAGCACUGCUUGAAGUUUUUGAAGAACUGUUAUGAGGCACUUCCAGACAAUGGAAAAGUGAUUGUGGCAGAAUGCAUUCUUCCAGUGGCUCCAGACUCAAGCUUGGCAACAAAAGGUGUGGUUCACAUUGAUGUGAUCAUGUUGGCUCAUAAUCCAGGUGGAAAAGAGAGAACAGAGAAAGAGUUUGAGGCACUUGCUAAAAGUGCUGGAUUCCAAGGUUUCAAAGUUUUCUGUUCUGCUUUCAACACAUACAUCAUGGAAUUUCUUAAGAAGGUCUAAGUUAUUUGGUGUAUUGUUAAUGUUGCAUUUGAUUUUUGAGAUUGUGGUUGUGCUUCUACUUACUAAAGCUUCCCCUAAAAUGUGAUUUCCACUUCUAUUCGGUAGGAAAAUAAUAAUGAGAAUGUUCAUUGUAAUACUGCCAAUAUAAUAUAAAAUAACAUUGUUUCA